AGACUUUGCGAUAAAUCUGGCUGGUGCUACAGUCUGGACAAGCCAAACACGGGAUCUAUCUACUCCCUGGAUUGGUCACGUGACAGCACGUUAGUGGCAGGGGGCUGUGGUAACGGUCACGUGAUCUUUGCGGGAGUUGUCAACCAGACUAUCGAGUGGAAACAUCUGGUAGUUACUCUUCAAGAAGAGAAAGUGUUACUUGUGGAAGAUGUGGUGAACAACACUAAAGAUCAGCUAGAGUUUAGAGACAGAGUCGUUAAAAUGAGUUUGGGGUGGGAUCACCUGGUGGUGACCACUUCCUCGCAGUGUCUUAUCUACAGCACUACUAACUGGAACACUCCCCUUAUAUUCGACCUCAAGGGGCUCACCACUAGUGCUAUCCUACUGGCUAAGAAACUGUUUCUUAUUGUCGACUCAGUGCAAGGUUUGUCGGUGUACUCAUAUGAAGGUAGGAUGAUAUGCUCUCCCAAGUACAGUGGUAUCAGAACAGACUCCCUCAAUGUGAACAAUAUAGCAAUCAGCAGUGACACCCUCGUGCUUGUAGAUAGCAGGGAUAGCAGAGCGUAUCACGUGUUUGACGUCAACACGGGGAGAGAACUUACAGAUAAACCCCUAUACCACUCACAAGAGCUGAUGAAUGUAGCUUUAGACCAGUACGGGUCUACCAAUGAGAGGUGCCUGGGUUUCGUGGAUAAGAAUAAUGAUCUCUUUCUGGUCCAGAUCCGACACAGUAACCCUCUUACUAAACUCAAAAAGUUAGGUGGAAUGGUUACCACCAUAAUGUGGCACGAUACCACCAACAUGUUGUCAGCACUACAAGAUGGUCGCUUCACCGUGUGGUACUACCCCAGAGCUGUGUAUAUUGACACUGAACUACUCCCUCAGAGUAAAGUCUUCAAAGAUGCUGGAGAGUUUGGUAAGAACCCCGAGAUAGCCAGUUUCCUUGGUCACCACUGUACUCUGAGGAGAUCAGACGGCAGCCUCGUGUCCACUGCGGUGAGCCCCUACCCCACAAUUCUACAGAACUACGUGUCCAAAACCAGUUGGGAUGAUGCCGUGAGACUCUGUAGGUUCGUCAAGGAUGCAGCCCUGUGGGCUAGUCUGGCUGCCAUGGCUACUGCUGCUAAGGAACUGAACACAGCAGAGAUUGCGUACGCUGCUAUCAACGAGACGGAAAAGGUAGAGUACAUCUCUUACAUAAAGGACAUCUCGAACAAAGCAGCCCGGAACGCUGAGAUGUCCCUGUUCUGUAAGCAGACUGCUGAGGCUGAAGGGACCCUGUUGCAGGCAGGCCUCGUUUACAGAGCCAUCAGACUCAAUGUGGACCUCUUCAGAUGGAACAGGGCGCUGGAGCUAGCUGUAAAGCACAAGACACAUGUAGAUACAGUGCUGGCCUACAAACAGAAGUAUCUCCAGGACUUCGGGUUAGAGGAGUCAGACAAUGUCUUUCUUCAAUACAGUAAAGAGAUAUCCGUUGAUUGGACUACAAUACAGAAUAAAAUCAACAUGGAACUAGAAAGUGAACGAGGAAAAUGAAGUGCUGGACCUGAUCAUAAAUCUCAAUUUACUGUGAACGUAGUGAAUUAAAAUCCUGUUUUCGACUUUUGGCUCGGGUUAAAGUAAUUGGGGACAACAAACAAUGUUUAACAGUUGGAACAUUUACAACAUGUGCUGGACACAGAUUUAAUCCAUGACUGGUCAACAGACGUCAAGUAGUCAGAUAUAUAGCAAUGUGGUGGGGUUUAUACCUUUUUGAGUGCUUUGUCGAGUUGUUGUUUAUUUGUGUUUAUUAUACAUGAUUAUAUAUUUGAAUUUUACGCAAUGCU